AAACAGAUAGCUUACAAAUGAUUUGAAGAAUUGAUUCUUUCUGGGACUCAUCAAUUCACUUCCUGUGCAGUUCCUAUCUUGCUGAUUAUUUGUGAAUAAGAACAAAACUCGUGGAAAUCACCGAAAUCAGACCUAAAGGUUUAAAAGAAACUAGAACUUCACCUGAAUAUUAUUCUGAACUGGAAAAAUGGGCUGUGAUAGAAACUGUUGCCUCAUCACCGGUGCUGUUAUUGGUGCAGUCCUAGCUGUGUUCGGAGGCAUUCUAAUGCCAGUGGGAGACAUGCUUAUUGAGAAGGCAAUUAAUCAGGAAGUUAUCCUUGAAGAAGGUUCAGCUGCUUAUCAAAAUUGGGUUAAAGCUGGCAUACCAGUUUACAGGCAGUUUUGGUUCUUUGAUGUGCAAAAUCCGGAAGAUGUGGAAGUUAAUAGUAGCAACCUUAAGGUUAAACAAAGAGGUCCUUACACUUACAGAGUUCGCUAUUUAGCCAAGGAAAAUAUAACCCAUGACACUGAGAACAACACAGUCUCCUUUGUAGUGCCUAAUGGUGCCAUCUUUGAACCAUCGCUCUCAGCUGGAACAGAGAAUGAUACUUUAACCGUUCUCAAUCUGGCAGUUGUGGCUGCACCUCAACUUUAUCCAAGUGCAUUUGUUCAAUCGGUACUCAAUUCACUUAUCAAAAAGUCAAAAUCUUCUAUGUUUCAAAAGAGAACUGUGAAAGAGUUUUUGUGGGGUUAUAAGGAUCCAUUCCUCAGUUUGGUUCCAUACCCCAUUGAUAGCACAAUUGGUUUGUUUUAUCCUUACAACAAUACAGCUGAUGGAGUUUACAGAGUUUUCACUGGAAGAGGCAAUGUUAGCAAAGUUGCUAUAAUUGACACAUAUAAAGGCCAAAAGACUCUCCCCUUUUGGGAAAGUUAUUGUGGCAUGAUUAAUGGUACAGAAGGAGCCUCAUUUGCACCCUUUAUUGACAAGAAACGGGUAUUGCAAAUUUUCGCCCCUGACAUUUGCAGGUCAAUCAGUAUUGUGUUUGGAAGUGAAGUUAAUCUGAAAGGAAUCACUGUGUUCAGAUAUGUUCUUCCUCCCAAGUCCUUUGCAUCUCCAGUUCAAAAUCCAGAUAAUGGUUGUUUCUGCAGAGAAAAAGUUAUCUCACACAAUUGUACAUAUUAUGGUGUUCUAGACAUUAGCAAUUGCAAUGAAGGAAAACCUGUGUAUAUUUCACUUCCUCAUUUUCUAUAUGCAACUCCUGAAAUUUAUUCAAAUAUUGAAGGCUUACAUUCAAAUGAAGAAGAGCAUAGUACAUACUUAGAUGUUGAACCUAUCACUGGAUUCACUUUACAGUUUGCAAAACGACUGCAGGUCAACAUACUAGUCAAGCCAGCAAAAAAAAUAGAAGCACUAAAGAAGCUGAAGAAUAACUACCUUGUGCCUCUUCUUUGGAUUAAUGAGACUGCUACCAUUGAUGAAGAAAAUGCAGCAAUGUUCAGAAGUAAAGUGACUGAGAAAUUAGGCCUCCUUGCCCUGCUAGAAUUGAUAUUACUCAUUGUUGGUGGGAUAAUGUUUGUUGCUUUUAUGAUCUCAUACUGUGCAUGCAGAUCAAAGAAAACAAAAUAAGCAAAGUGAUGGACCUGGAACAUCUGUACUGAGUUUGGGACUCUUUCCUUUUCUGCAAA